CAAACCGCCGGUAAAAUCACUCUUUCCGCGUAAAAUCGCUGUAAAAAGGGCGAAAUUCUACACAUUUCUGCUCUAUUCCAUGCACUAGACCAACAAACUGCCCUCUGGUCGUGGUUCCCGUUGGAAUGGUAAGCCAGAAAGGUGCAAGACACUUGCAGAACCGCUCCCAGCCGCAGCACGCGAUGUUUCACGAAUAGAAACCGCGAAAAAGGGGUUCUAAUUCCUUUUUGCAACGCUCCGGUAGCCAAUCAACCCACUCACAAUCACCUGCAGCGAGCGCCAGAAGGCAGGCACAGAGACCGGGGAAUCUGCGGAAACCAUCGGAACCGGAACAGCUCCAAUUCGGAAGUGCACGUGGCGUUGUUUAUAUUUGGUGUCCUCGUGCGGGCGGGGGUAAAUUGUGUUCAGUUUGGUUUGGUUGAAUUUCCGGUCUUAUACCCGCCAGUGGCCGCAGUGGCAGGAUCUAAUCAUGGAUUUAAUGCUAAGCAACUUUAUCGUGGACGAACCGCCGAAGAAAGUGGAAACGAGCCGACUUCACAGUGCGCACGAUGUACCGGCUAGUGGAGGCGAUGGUGGUGGAUUCUCGAUGAGCUUUAAAAAGGCCCUGCCCGUGAAGGCAGUAGUGGCCAGGAAACGUCCCGCAGUGAAGCCAGACGGGCGGACAACGGGAGAGGGAGUAAAAUCCACAUACGCUACUGGUGCAAUUAACAGUAAACCCGCGCUGCAGAAAGCAGCCAGUGGUACAGAAACUACCAAGAGCAGUCGUAUAAAGGCAAACGAGGAAGAUAAACCGAGUACCGGGAACACACAGCCUCCGAAGAAGGUGUCCAGGAAGGAGACGAAGGCAACGGGCAGUACCGAACCGAAGCAACCUGCGCCGACCAGGGCAUCGUUCCAGUUUACCAACGAUGGUGGUGCUGGGCUGCGCCCAACCCGGAAACCGAACAUGUUUGAUCGCCUAAAGACGGAUAUGCCCAAGGUGGAGCUGCCAGCGGUGCAGCCACUGAAGGAGCAGGUAUUUAGCGAGCAAACGAUCGAUUCGCUCGCUAUACACGCACACUCGAGGAAGAACAUUGCCGAUCUGUUGCACUACACGCACCUGACGGUGGUGCAGAGCAUGGCGAUCCCACGGUUGCUCGAGGGGCGCGAUGCGCUCAUACGAGCGCAGACGGGCUCGGGCAAAACGUUGGCGUACGCGGUGCCCAUGAUCGAGGCACUCCACUCGGUGCGCCCCAAAACGAGCCGCACCGAUGGCAUCCGGGCGGUGGUAAUAGUGCCAACCCGUGAGCUGGCCCUUCAGACGUACGAGCUGCUGGUAAAACUGCUCAAGCCAUACACGUGGCUCGUGGCCAGUUAUCUGUGCGGCGGCGAGAAGCGUAAAGCCGAGAAGGCUCGAUUACGGGCGGGGCUGAAUAUCCUAAUUGGCACGCCGGGACGGUUCUGCGAUCACAUUCGCAAUACGGCUUCACUCAAGCUGACCGGUGUCCGUUGGUUGGUACUGGAUGAGGCCGACCGGCUGCUGGAGCUUGGCUAUGAGAAGGACGUGAAGGAGAUCGUUGGUGCGAUCCAGAACGGUCAGAGCGAGCUCGGGACGGAUGGCGCAGGGCUGCAAACGGUGUUGCUGUCGGCCACGCUCACCGCUUCCGUCAAGGAGCUGGCCGGUCUAACGCUGCACGAUCCGGUGUACGUGGAAACGAGUGAAGCGAUUCGUAACCGCCAAUCCAACCAGCUAGGGGUGAACGGUGGGCCGAUGGUGUUCAGUGAGCAUCUGCUCAACGUAGACGAGUGCGUGACGAUACCGGACACGGUCAAGCAACGCUACCUGGUCAUUCCACCGAAGCUCAGGCUCGUGACGCUCAGCGGGCUAAUCGCGGCCGAACAGCGCAAGAAAGCCUCGAAAGCGCUGGUAUUUAUGGCGACCCAGGAUUUGGUGGACUUCCACUACGACAUCAUGGUGGAGGUACUAACCAGAAAGCGCCUAGACUCGGAGGACGAGCGGGAAGACGAAGAUGAUGACGAGGAGGUGGAGAAGGAUGACGAGGACGACGACGACGAAGACGAUGACGGGAAUAGUGUGUUGCUGCCCCAGCUUGCCUUCUUCAAGCUGCAUGGCCGAAUGUCGCAAGUGGAACGCAGCUCGGUGUUCCAGGAAUUCCGCAAAGCGAAGGCGGCCGUCCUGCUGUGCACGGAUGUGGCUGCCCGUGGCAUCGACGUACCGGCGGUCGAUUUGGUGGUGCAGUACCACGCGCCCCAAAUCUUGGCCGACUACGUGCACCGUGUCGGCCGUACGGCGAGAGCCGGCCAAUCCGGCAAAGCGGUACUGUUCAUCGAACCGGCCGAGGUGGAGUUUAUCAAAUAUCUCGCCGAGAAACAGAUACGGAUCCAGGAGGAGAAAAUCGACGGCAUAUUCGUGUGUCUCGGUCAACUGCUCAAGUGCCGCCAAAAGCAGAUCGCCCGGAACAAGGAGAAGGCAGCGGUGGAGCUGCAGCAUCGGUUCGAGGUGCUGGUAGCUAGCGAAAAGGAGCUCUUUGCUAGUGCAUCGAAGGCGUUCGUCUCGUGGGUGCGCUACUACUCCAACUUCCCGAAGGAGCUGCGGCGCAUGUUUGCGAUCCGGGCGAUCCAUAUGGGCCACUACGCCAAGUGUUUGGGUUUGCGCGAUCCCCCGAAGAAGUUCAUGUCCGACCAUACCGGACCGAGGACCGGUGAAGGAUCCUACGCUGACGACGACCAUCACGAGCAGCAACCAAUGCAACGCCGAUUCCCGGGCCGUGGUCGCGGUACUGGGCUGAGGGCACGAGGAGGAGCUUCCGGCGUUGGACGCACCAGCACCAGUGGCAACGGUGCUCGGGGAGCCGUUCCGAGAAGAGGAAACCGUGGAAUGGCAGCUGGCGGCAGACGAGGAGGAAGGGGAUCGGGCGCCACCGGUACCGGUGGUGGUACCCCGCGGAGAGAUCUGGCGGAUUAUGCGCGACACUCGCGCGUGCUCAACACGUCCGAGUUUGGCAGUGGGCUCGAGCCGGCCCGUAAGAAAGCGAAACAAGCCUAGUACCUACUAGGGCUGCCUGCCGCAUGUGCGUACAAAGCAACAGAAAUACAACGAAUUGUACCGAA